UAAAAUGGCAGAGGCCAGUAUUUUGGAUCAGGAUCAGUUCAGCUGUUCAGUCUGUCUGGAUCUAAUGAAGAAUCCAGUAACUAUUCCCUGUGGACACAGUUACUGUAUGGUGUGUAUUAAUGGCUGCUGGGAUCAGGAGGAUGAGAGGGGGGUCUACAGCUGCCCCCAGUGCAGAGAGACGUUCACUCCGAGGCCUGUUCUACGCAGAAACAACAUGCUGGCUGAAGUGGUGGAGAAACUGAAGAAGACAGAAGUCCGAGCUGCUUCUCCUGCUCACUGUUACGCUGGAGCUGGAGAUGUGGAGUGUGAUUUCUGUACUGGGAGGAAACUCAAAGCCAUCAAGUCCUGUUUGGUGUGUCUGGCUUCUUACUGUGAGACUCAUCUCCAACCUCACUAUCAGUCUCCUGCCUUUAAGAAGCACAAGCUGGUCAAAGCCUCCAAACAGCUGCAGGAGAAGAUCUGCUCUCAGCAUGAUAAACUGAUCGAGAUCUACUGUCGUACUGAUCAACAGUUUAUCUGUUAUUUAUGUACGAUGGAGGAACACAAAGGUCAUGAUACAAUCUUAGCUGCAGCAGAAAGAACUGGGAAACAGAGAGAGCUAAAGGAUGUACAAAAGAAAUCCCAGCAGAGACUCCAGGAGAAAGAGAAGAAGCUGCAGGAGCUGAAACAGGCAGUUAAAUCUGUAAAGCUCUCUGCACAGUCAGCAGUGGAGGACAGUGCGAGGAUCUUUACUGAGCUGAUCCGCUCCAUUGAGAAAAAGCGCUCUGAGGUAACAGAGCUGAUCAGAGAUCAGGAGAAGACUGAACUGAGUGCAGCUGAAGAACUCCUGGAGCAGCUGGAGCAGGAGAUCACUGAUCUAAAGAGGAGAAACACUGAGCUGGAGCAGCUUUCACACACAGAGGAUCACAUCCACUUCCUGCAGAGUUUCCAGUCUGUUUGUGUCUCUUCGAGAUGUGAGAACUUACCCAGCAUCACUGUCCAUCAUCAUCUCUCAUUUGAUGAAGUGAGGAAAUCUCUCUCUGAUCUGAAAAAGCGACUGGAGGAAAUCUGCAAUGAGGAAAUGAGUAAAAUUCCUGUACAUGGCAAAAGGAGCUUUCUGCUGGGAAACAGAAAAACUGAAAUAUUGACCUCUUCACUGAUUGGCUACAAAAAAUCACUUCACAGAAGUUUAUCCUCAGAACCAAAGAGAAGGCAAGAUUUCCUACAGUAUUUCUGUCAGCUGACGCUGGAUCCCAACACAGUCAAUCAUGAUCUCAUUGUGUCUGAGAAGAACAAAGUUGUUUCAUGGAGUAAGAGGUUCCAGCAUUACUCUGAUCAUCCAGAGAGAUUUGACUCCAGGCCUCAGGUGUUGAGUAAGGAGAGUCUGAGUGGACGCUGUUACUGGGAGGUAGAGUGGAGCAGCGAGGGAUGGGGAGUGUCCAUUUCAGUGUCAUAUAAAGGGAUCAGUAGGAAAGGACUGGGUGAGGAGUGUGUGUUCGGAUUCAACAGUGAGUCUUGGCGACUGCGAUGUUCUUCCUCUCCCUCUUUUUGUCACAACAGUGUUGAGACUCAGAUCUCAGCUCCUCCAUCCUCCAGAAUAGGAGUGUAUGUGGAUCACAGUGCAGGAACUCUGUCCUUCUACAGCGUCUCUGAUACAAUGACCCUCCUACACACAGUCCACACCACAUUCACUCAGCCCCUCUACGCUGGAUUUGGUCUUGGUUCAGGAGCCUCAGUUAAACUGUGCAAAAUGUGAACAGGUUUUAUGGUUAUACAUGAAGUUGUACAAAUUCUUUAGUGACAUGCAUUAUCUGUUGUAAACAUUCCUUCUAAAGAAUGCAUUCAGUUACUUUAAGUUGCAUCCAUUGCAGACACACUAGUAGAGAAGUACUGCCAAUAGAAUAGGACUCUGGAGCAGAUUCCUAAAGCCAGGUGUGGGAUAUCAGUUUGGAAACUGUUGGGGUUGAGGUAGGUUAAUGAUAAUCAUCAUCAUUUUGAUCUAAUGCUCUUUGGUAGCAACAAACAAUGAGCAGGAGUUGUAAAACUUUGUCCAUAUGGUGUUGGUACUUGUUACUAGUAACAUUAAGAUAUGUAU